UGCCAUGGCGAGGGUGCGGCGCCGGGCCCGCCCCUGCGGCGCCUGGGGAAGCGCGGGGCUGACUGACCGGUGGACCGGAUCCGGUCCACUGCACGAGGGGAAAGGCCCCUGGAGCCGCCUGCUGCCUGCGGCCCGGCUGCCCACCCAGGACUCCUGCAGAGGGGACGCCCCCCUGGAGACAGCCACCAGACCAGCUGUGCGCGGUGCCCUGGUUGCUCGGAGCCUUGCCCCGGGCACCGGGCCGGGGACCCCAGGACGCCCAGCACACACCCUGCUCUGGCCUCGCUGGCCGUGGCGCCCGCCCUCCUGCCACACCCCCUCGCCGGCACCCACACACUGACCCUGGGAGGCAGACAGGAGGCGACGGAGGGCAGGGAAGGCUGGCCCAUGGCUGCUCCCAGGCCCCGCCCGGGCUCCUGAGGCCCGUAAGGAGAGGGGGCUCCUAGGACUCCCGGGGGCCUCUCUGCCCAUUGUCCUGCCCCCCCACCCCCGCCCCUUCGGCGAGGUGCCAGGAAGCUGCAACUUUAUUAUCGGGGCAACUGGCUGCAGACCCGGGACUGCGGCGGACAGGCCCUGCGGCUCCCUGCCGCUGUGCACCCUGACCCCAGGAGGGCGGGCGGGAGGCCCUGCCCUCGAGCAGCUGAGCAGCCGGGGCUCCGUAGAGGCAGCUGCCCUUUCUGCCCAGAGCCUGUGCCCCUCGGGCUGCCCGGCCCGGGGCCUGGUCACGGGCUGGAACCUCCGGACCCAGCCUUGCCAGGGGCAGAGGGCACCAAGCCUUGAGGGGAUGCCCCCAAGGGUGCCAGUCCAGCCAGCUGCCCCACCCCUCAGGCCCAGCCUGGCCCCCUCGUUCCCCCGCCCGGCACCCCGUGCAGCCCCCCUGGCAGGCAGCCCCCGCCAUGGCCGAGCACCUGGAACUGCUGGCGGAGAUGCCCACGGUGGGCAGGAUGAGCGCGCCGGAGCGGCUGAAGCACGCCCAGAAGCGCCGGGCCCAGCAGGUGAAGAUGUGGGCCCAGGCUGAAAAGGAGGCCCAGGGCAGGGAGGGCCGCAGGGAGCGGCCGCGGAAGGAGGCGGCUGCCGGCAGGCCCCGGAGGCGGGUCCUCUUCCCUGCCAGCGUCACCCUGCUCGAGGCCGCUGCCCGAAACGACCUGGAAGAAGUCCGCCAGUUCCUCGAGAGCGGGGUCAGCCCUGACCUGGCCAACGAGGACGGUCUGACAGCCCUGCACCAGAGCUGCAUCGACGACUUCCGGGAGAUGGCGCAGCAGCUCCUCGAGGCCGGGGCCACGGUCAACGCCCGUGACAGCGAGUGCUGGACACCCCUGCACGCCGCGGCCACCUGUGGCCACCUGCACCUGGUGGAGCUGCUCGUUGCCCGGGGUGCUGACCUCUUGGCGGUCAACACGGAUGGGAACAUGCCCUACGACCUGUGUGAGGAUGAGCAGACGCUGGACUGUCUGGAGACGGCCAUGGCAGACCAAGGCAUCACCCAGGACGGCAUCGAAGCGGCCCGGGCCUUGCCGGAGCUGCGUCUGCUGGAGCACAUCCGGAGCCUGCUGCAGGCGGGGGCGGACCUGGAUGCCCCUGGGGACCACGGGGCCACGCUGCUGCACGUCGCCGCGGCCAGCGGGUUCGGCGAGGCGGCGGCCCUGCUGCUGGAGCACCGGGCCAGCCUGAGCGCCAAGGACCGAGACGGCUGGGAGCCGCUGCACGCCGCGGCCUACUGGGGCCAGGUGCACCUGGUGGAGCUGCUGGUGGCACACGGCGCCGACCUCGACGGGAAGUCCCUGCUGGAGGAGACGCCUCUUGACGUGUGCGGGGACGAGGAGGUGCGCGCCAGGCUGCUGGAGCUGAAACACAAGCACGAGGCGCUCCUGCGUGCCCAGGGUCGCCAGCGCUCGCUGCUGCGCCGCCGCGCCUCCAGCGCCGGCAGCCGGGGGAAGGUGGUGAGGCGGGUGAGCCUGACCCAGCGCACCAGCCUGUACCGCAAAGAGCACGCCCAGGAGGCCAUUGUGUGGCAGCAGCCACCUCCCACCAGCCCAGAGCCUCCCGAGGAGGACGAGGAUGGCCAGACAGACACUGAGCUCAGGCCACCGCCCCCUGAGGAGGACGACUCUGAGGUGUCCAGGCCACACAACGGCCGCGUGGGGGGCCCCUCCGGGCGGCACCUGUACUCCAAGCGGCUGGACCGGAGUGUCUCCUACCAGCUGAGCCCGCUGGAGGGCACAGCCCCCGACACCCUGGGCCGGGCCAAGGCCCACCACACCCUGGCGGAGCUCAAGCGCCAGCGAGCAGCUGCGAAGCUGCAACGCCCUGUGCCCGAUGGGCCCGAGGCCCCUGCGUCCCGACCGCCCACGGAGGCCACGACACCCUUGCCCGGGUGCAGCUCUGGGGCUGCGGGGGACCCGCCCCUGCUCAGGCUCACAGCCCCCUUGGAGGAGGCCCCCGCGGAGAAGAAGCCCUGCUGCCUGCUCAUGUGAGGGCGGGCGGCCCGGCCCGGCCCGCGCCCUGGGCCCCCACCCAGGGUCAGGGCCUGCCUCCUCGCUCAGGGACAGACCUGUGCCCCACAUCUGGGGGCACCUGGCUCCAGAGACCUUGUUUCACUCUGUGACUCUCGAUAAAAAGCCCUUCUGCCACCUGC